UAUACAUACACACCACCACAGGGCAACACGAACACAAGCUGAACACAAGCUCCUCCAUAUGCACCCGUGGACAGCCGGAGGAGAGGCACUGUCGGUAUUGUGAGAAGAAUCUCGUGUGUUGUAUGAUGUUCAGCGUAAUCAACGGGACAACAAUUGCAAAGAAGCUGCGGUAGCUGCCGUGUGCAUGAGUGCUCUCUAUCUCGGGUGGGCUGAACUCUCUUCAAAAAUUGUGAAGAAACAAUCGUGACAACAAUGAGGAUAUCAACAACGACUUUUAGCAAUAUCGCAAAGAUGUUGGACUUUUAUUCCCAAUUCAACCCAUCACCGCUGUCCAUUAAACAGUUCAUUGACUUUGGGCUGCGGGCGUGCGAGCGCCAGAGCUUCCUGUUCCUGCGCAAGGAGCUGCCCGUGCGCCUGGCCAACAUCAUGAAGGAGAUCGCGCUGCUGCCCGAGCACCUGCUGCGCAUGCCGUCCGUGCGCACUGUCAACGACUGGUACGUGCGCUCCUUUCGGGAGAUCCUCGAGUUUGAGACGGCCGACGGCUCCCCUGAGACGCUCUCCAGGUUCUGCCAGGCGCUGGUGAAGAUCCGCAACCGGCACUCGGACGUGGUGCAGACGAUGGCGCAGGGCGUGCUGGAGCUGAAGCAGAGCGAGACGGAGGUGGCGGCGGCCACGGAGCACAGCGUGCAGUACUUCCUCGACCGCUUCUACAUGUCGCGCAUCUCCAUCCGCAUGCUCAUCAACCAGCACACGCUGCUGUUCGGCGGCGCGCUCGAGGGCCCCGCCAGCGGCCGCCACGUGGGCUGCAUCGACCCGCAGUGCGACCUGGCCGCCGUCAUCGGCGACGCCUACGAGAACGCGCGCUUCCUCUGCGACCAGUACUACCUCACGUCGCCCGAGCUGCGCACAAGUCGAUGUUUGGCAAACAUGGCUAAUUGCUGUGGCCUCCUAGCUGACGGCUGCGCGUUGCGUGCCCGCUGCGCAGAGCUGGAGCCCGACGCGCCCAUCCGCAUCGUGUACGUGCCGUCGCAUCUCUACCACAUGCUGUUCGAGCUGUUCAAGAACGCCAUGCGCGCCGUGGUGGAGCACUACGGCGAGGCGAGCGCGCUGCCGCCCAUCGAGGUGACGGUGGUGCGCGGCCGCGAGGACAUCUGCGUUAAGAUGUCUGAUCGAGGCGGUGGUAUUCCAAGGAGCCAGACUGACCAACUUUUCAAUUACAUGUACUCCACGGCACCCCAACCCCCGAAAUCUGAAGAUUCUCACACCGUUCCCUUAGCAGGUUAUGGUUAUGGACUGCCUAUUUCUAGGCUUUAUGCUCGCUAUUUCCAUGGGGACCUGAACUUAUUAUCUUGUGAUGGCUAUGGUACAGACACGAUAAUAUACAUGAAGGCAUUAUCAAAUGAAGCCAAUGAACUUCUGCCCAUCUUCAAUAAAACAUCUACACGUUUCUACCGAGCUUCUGUCCCCACCUGUGAUUGGAGCAAUGCCAGCUCAUCAAUGGGCAUUCGUCAUAUUACCACUGCAUCACUAUAUAGGAGGCCCAGUUCCCCAAGGCCAGCUACACCUGCACAGUCUUCUCUAUCAGAACGCAGUGUUCAGUGCUAGUAAAAUCCUAAUGUUCCUUCUGGGUCCCCCCUCCCCUCCGUACCCCAUGUGUGCACAUAGUGGUUUUGUGUAACUGAUGUGUUCCAAAAUUCAUUGACGUUUCCUGCACUUGUUGAUACCAGUGAAAUAUUUAGAGUGCGCAUGCAGUGAUGUUGAUAGUUGUUUCAAUGAGUUGUUGGCCAGAGCUUUAAACAUUUGAAAAUCUCAAUGCUGUAAGACAUUCAAAUAUGAAGGAACCCCACAAAUUACUAGCAAUCAGAAAAUUGUGUAUUUUGUAUUUUCACAAUGACGUUUACGUUUUUACAGAGGAUUUCAUGUGCAAUCACCAUCAAAUGGUGCUUUAUCAACUAUUCAUUUUUGUAAUUCUUGUCAUAUUCUCUCAGACUUUAACUGUAAUUGCAUAUUUGAGUUUGGGUUAAUAUGGAGGAAUAUUUUUUAAAAAAGUACAAAGCGAACCAAACUGCUUGUUUACUUGUAAUUCAAAGGAAAAAUGCAUUGUAAGUAUAACCUUGAAAAUACACUUUAUAUUUGAGCAAACAAAAAAAAAAAGAAAAAGAAAAGAUUGUACUAUUGAGGAAUACUCUUUGAUCAUUUAAGGUAAUUGAAUGAAUACACAUAUAUGUAUUCUGUUAGAUCUAUUUGUAAGAGUAAUGCAGGACCUGAUAAUUUAAUUAUCUUUCAUAUUGAAUAUUUGUGAAAAAUAUGGAGUAUUCUGUAAAUUGAUACAACAAAUUUGGUGUUUGAUUUUAAUUUUUUUCUGUAAGAUGCUGAUGAACACAUUAUGGAAAAAUAUGUUCUUCAAUCUUUACCUUCAAGAUACUAAAAAAAUGUUUUUUUGUCUUCAAUACAGCAUCACUAAAAUUUAUUUGAGACUGAAGAGAAUGAUUGUAAGGAUGAGAAUGUUGAAAGGUGCUCAUGAAAUAGUUACAUUUUCUGCAGAUAAUAGGAUGGGUGAGCUUAAAAUUUUAAAAUACUAUCAUUGAUUUUUUAUGACUUGAUGACUCCCUGUAAUACUCCUGUUCCACACAUAUCUAAUGAAACUGACCUUUUCUAUAAGCAUCUCAUAACUAGUAAAAUAAAAAUCUCUGUCUUGUUUUGUUAUUUUGUUUGUGCACUGUAGGAAAAUUGACUUAGUACCCAUUUUCUACAAGAAAAUCAUGAAUAUACAAAGGAAAUCGUAGAAAAUGUGCUUGCUGAAAACUAGUUAUAGAAUUAUUACAAAUUAGUUUUGAAUUAUACUUUUUUUAUUUUAAUAUCAUCUUGGUAUCAAACUUAUCAAGCUGAAAUAUGCUCCAUGACAAAUCAUUUGACUCUUGAUAAAUUAGUAUUACUUUCUUUCACUGCUUACAAAAGGGUAUUGAAUGGAUAUUAAAACAUUUUGUUUUAAACUCAAGAUUGAGUUAAUAUAAACUUUUCUACACAUUCUUUUAUAUUGCUUAAUCAAAUUUUAUAAAAUGCCUUGUAAUUAUAAAUUGUGUAUUGUUAGAAAGUUGUAAACAUGUGUAAAAUAGCAAUAACUGAGAUGACUACAGAGGAAGUUUAGUGCCUUGCUUAACUACAAUAUGUUGCUUAGAGAGAAUGUUUAUUAUGGUUGUAAUGUCAGACACCAAUGUGAGCAAUUAUGUGUUCCAACCUAUUUGUGAUCUACAAAUAAUUGUUUUAUAUGGAAUAAAUGUAAACAUUUUACCCCAAUAGAUUAAGUAUGUACUUCCAUAGUCAUUGAUUCGUUUCCACAUUGAAUGUAGAAUGUGGUUCUGAAGCUCACCCCUCUAUCUCUGCAGAGAUGUUUCUUAAUUCCCCAUUACAAAGUGAUGGCAUAAAUAUUUUUUUACUAUUGGUUGUUCUACUGUUGUUUGUUAGAGAAAUUACAUGUAGUUGCCAAAAUCAAUAAUGACUGUGUGAUCAGUUGUUCUUCUUAUCUGCUUUUUUCUAGAAGUACACCUACACGUUUGAUGGUUUUGUGCUGAGUGGAAUAUAUUAGUCUAAAUUUUAGGAUGUAUAUUUUAUUGAAAAUGAACCUUUUUAUUAAAUUACAUGUAAUCUGAUCUGAUACAUUCGCAUUGUAGGUACUCUUCAAUAUUAUUCUAUCUUAUUUUUUACUAGUGAGUGUUUUAUUUCAGAAUUUUAUGUGAAAUGAAAAAAAACUUUGCUUGUUAUUAAAAUACCCUCUUUUAAAAUUAUGUACUUGUUAAUUAUGACAUACAACUGAUAUGUUAUUUUGCUGAGUACAUUGUUCAAAUCAUUUCAUUUGUAAGAAUGAAAAUGUGUUCUUGUAUUUUAUAUCAUGAAAAUGUAUCAGUAUUGGAUUGCACUUAAAAUUAUGUUACAAUAUUCUCAUAAAUUUUAUAACACAAUUUUUGAGACCAAACUAAAUAUAGACUGAAUAUAUUGUUACUAUAUCUUACAUUGUGUACAUAGUGUGCAUAUAUGAUAUGAGUUUAGGAGAGAGAGAGUAUUUGUAUACACCCAUUCUAAGUUUAUCUGUAAAUACUUAAUAUCAACACACAGAUUUGUUUAUUUCAGAACAAAACAUUUAGUUUGGUAAUUUGUGACAAAUACUGUUAAAAGAAUUAAUUUUUCAAUGUUUGUUCUCUAAUAAAAUUGAUUUGAAAUGUAUCAAAAGGAGAAAAUGUAUUAUUGAAUCAAAAGCAAAUAAUCCACAAAAUAAACUGCCAUAAUUUUUAACAAUUAAAAAGAAUAGAAAUUGGAAGUUUUGAUUUGAUAUCCACUCCAAGUAGAUUUAAUACAAAUAAUUUUUCAAAAGGUUUUUGACUGAAAUUCAUAGAACUACAAUAGUAAGAUG